UGGUGGGGAGCUCUUUGAGGACAUCGUGGCGAGAGAGUACUACAGCGAGGCAGAUGCCAGUCACUGUAUCCAGCAGAUCCUGGAGGCGGUUCUCCACUGCCACCAAAUGGGGGUCGUCCACAGGGACCUCAAGCCCGAGAACCUGCUCCUGGCCAGCAAGUGCAAGGGGGCUGCAGUGAAGCUGGCAGACUUCGGCCUGGCCAUCGAGGUGCAGGGGGACCAGCAGGCGUGGUUCGGGUUUGCUGGCACACCAGGCUACCUAUCCCCAGAGGUGCUGCGCAAGGAGGCGUAUGGCAAGCCAGUGGACAUCUGGGCAUGCGGGGUGAUCCUGUACAUCCUACUUGUGGGCUACCCGCCCUUCUGGGACGAGGACCAGCACAAACUGUACCAGCAGAUCAAGGCCGGGGCCUACGACUUCCCAUCCCCCGAAUGGGACACCGUCACACCUGAAGCCAAGAACCUCAUUAACCAGAUGCUGACCAUCAACCCUGCCAAGCGCAUCACCGCACACGAGGCCCUGAAGCACCCGUGGGUCUGCCAACGCUCCACGGUGGCUUCCAUGAUGCACAGGCAGGAGACCGUGGAGUGCCUGAAAAAGUUCAACGCCCGGAGGAAGCUCAAGGGCGCCAUCCUCACCACUAUGCUGGCCACGCGGAAUUUCUCAGUGGGCAGACAGACCACCGCUCCGGCCACAAUGUCCACCGCGGCCUCCGGCACCACCAUGGGGCUGGUGGAACAAGCCAAGAGUCUCCUCAACAAGAAAGCAGAUGGAGUCAAGCCCCAGACGAAUAGCACCAAGAACAGUGCAGCCACCAGCCCCAAGGGGACGCUUCCUCCAGCCGCUCUGGAGUCAUCCGACAGCACCCACACCACCAUAGAGGACGAGGACACAAAAGCCCCCAAGAUCCCUGACACCCUGAGCUCUGUGAGGAGGGGCUCGGGAACCCCGGAAGCCGAGGGCCCCCCGCCCUGCCCAUCUCUGGCUCCCACUAGUCCCCUGCCCACCCCAUCCCCCAGGACCUCUGACAUCCUGAGCUCUGGGAGGAGGGGCUCGGGGACCCCAGAAGCCGAGGGCCCCCCACUUGCCCCAUCCCCCAGGAUCUCUGACAUCCUGAACACGGUGAGGAGGGGCUCGGGGACCCCAGAAGCCCAGGGCCCCCCACCCUGCCCGUCUCCGGUUCUCCCAGGCCCCCCACCUGCCCCGUCUCGCAAGCAGGACAUCAUCAAGAUAACGGAGCAGCUCAUCGAGGCCGUCAACAACGGCGACUUCGAGGCCUACGCGAAAAUCUGCGACCCAGGCCUGACCUCGUUCGAGCCCGAAGCUUUGGGCAACCUGGUCGAAGGGAUGGACUUCCACAGGUUCUACUUUGAGAACCUGCUCGCCAGAAACAGCAAGCCCAUCCACACGACCAUCCUGAACCCACACGUGCAUGUCAUCGGCGAGGACGCCGCUUGCAUCGCCUACAUCCGCCUCACGCAGUACAUCGACGGGCAGGGCCGGCCCCGCACCAGCCAGUCCGAGGAGACCCGCGUGUGGCACCGCCGGGACGGCAAGUGGCAGAACGUGCACUUCCACUGCUCGGGGGCGCCCGUGGCCCCGCUGCAGUGACGAGCUGAUGGACGCAGUGUUGGGAGCCCAGACGCCCCUGGGCGCGGCCUGCCUGUCGCAUGUUUGUGUCCGCCUUGUCCCUCCCCCGGUGCCUGUGUCUGCAGAAAACCAAGACCGGAUGUGAUUUCUUUUUAAAAACAAGAUGACAGUGACAACCACACAAAAACAUUCAUGUCGGAUGAAAUGGAAAAAAAAAACUAAACGAAGGAAAAAGCUGUAAAAAUGACUGGCAUUUGUGAGGCUUCGAACCGACUGGCCACUGCCCACCCCAGGUCCACGUGUCUGUCUGCUCCUGGCCUCAGGGCCUGUUUGUUCAACGGCACCCACCCCCAGGCGGCUGUCUAGGCCUGUGGCUGGUUGCCA